GCGGGUGACAGAGCGGGCGGGAAGGGGCGGGGCCUCGGGCGGGGCCGCCGGGGGCGGGAGGGAGGGGAGGAGUGGAGAUGGCGGCGGCGGCUCAGGGGGGCGGGGGCGGGGAGCCCCGGGGAGCCGAUGGGGUCGGCCUGGGGGUCUCGGGGGAAGUAGAGAUGGUGAAGGGGCAGCCAUUCGAUGUAGGACCGCGCUACACGCAGCUGCAGUACAUCGGCGAGGGCGCCUAUGGCAUGGUCAGCUCAGCUUAUGACCAUGUGCGCAAGACUCGAGUAGCCAUCAAGAAGAUCAGCCCCUUCGAGCAUCAGACCUACUGCCAGCGCACGCUACGAGAGAUCCAGAUCUUACUGCGAUUCCGUCAUGAGAAUGUCAUUGGUAUCAGAGACAUUCUGCGGGCAUCCACCCUGGAAGCUAUGAGGGAUGUCUACAUUGUGCAGGACCUGAUGGAGACAGACCUAUACAAAUUACUCAAAAGCCAGCAGCUGAGCAAUGAUCACAUCUGCUACUUCCUCUACCAGAUCCUGCGGGGCCUCAAGUAUAUCCACUCAGCCAAUGUGCUCCACCGAGAUCUAAAGCCCUCUAACCUGCUCAUCAACACCACCUGCGACCUUAAGAUCUGCGAUUUUGGCCUGGCACGGAUUGCUGAUCCUGAACAUGACCACACUGGCUUUCUGACAGAGUAUGUGGCUACACGCUGGUACCGAGCCCCAGAGAUCAUGCUGAACUCCAAGGGCUACACCAAGUCCAUCGAUAUCUGGUCUGUGGGCUGCAUUCUGGCCGAGAUGCUCUCCAACCGGCCCAUCUUCCCUGGCAAGCACUACCUGGAUCAGCUUAACCAUAUUCUGGGCAUUCUGGGCUCCCCAUCCCAAGAGGACCUGAAUUGUAUCAUCAACAUGAAGGCCCGAAACUACCUACAGUCUCUGCCCUCCAAGACCAAGGUGGCCUGGGCCAAACUUUUUCCCAAGUCAGACUCCAAAGCUCUUGACCUGCUGGACCGGAUGUUAACUUUUAACCCCAACAAACGGAUCACAGUGGAGGAAGCACUGGCUCACCCCUACCUAGAGCAGUACUACGAUCCAUCAGAUGAGCCAGUCGCUGAGGAGCCGUUUACCUUUGACAUGGAGCUGGAUGAUCUACCGAAGGAGCGGCUGAAGGAGCUCAUCUUCCAGGAGACAGCCCGCUUCCAGCCUGGGGGGCUGGAGGCCCCCUAACUUAGAUGGCCUGCCCUCUGGGCCUGGCCUUGCCUCCUGCCUACCCUUUUCCUGCCAGACUGUUAGAAAUGGACACUGUGCCCAGCCCAGACCCCGGCAGCCCAGGCCAGGGCAGAGGGUGGACCUGGCCACCUUUUCUCCCUUUGUUUAGGCCUCCUGCUUUAGGCAGGCCAAAGUGUCCCUCACUCCUCUUCCCCUGGGGCCCAAGGGGUUCAAGUGGGGCCCCAAAGCUGCUCUCCCUGUGCUGCUUUGCCUCCACCUACCCCAGCUAUCCCAGUCUCUGGUAGUUCUGGGAUGGAAGGGCUCUGGCUGCCCCGGGACCCACUGUGGGGUGGGGACACUGAGUAGGGAUGCAGGGAAAGCCCUGCUUUACUCAUCUCAUUAAAACCCACUUCAUUUCCUCGAAGAAGCAUUCCUAAGUCUCAAGGGCUAGUAUCCCUGAGGAAUAGGGCCAGGCCCAAACCCCCUCCCCUCAAAGCUGCCACAUUUAACACCCUUGCUGCUUCUGUGUGUGGGUGAGCGGAAGUGAAGCUGGAGGCACGUGGAGUGCCCAGUGCCCCCUGCCCACCUCCCCGUGCCUGUAUCUAAUAUAUAAAUAUAGAGAUGUGUAUAUGGA